GCCCGAGUGCACCCAUCCUCAACCCCGCACGGCCGGCCUCCGGUUCGUGGGAGGCGGGCAUGCUGGCAUGGCAGGAUGGCGGGGCCAAAGCGGCCCCUUCUCACCACAAGAUUUCUUUCUCUGUUCUGGACAUCUUGGAUCCGCAAAAAUUCACAAGAGCUCCGCUCCCGCCGGUGCGUCUAGCUGUCCGGGAAGCCAAGGAAAGUUUGGCGGAGGUGGAAGCAGAGAAGGACGCCAGCCCCGAGUCGCAGGAGACCCCCGAUGCUGUGGGCGGAGGCACUAGCCCCGCGUCCCCCCUGGAAGGCUCCGAAGCAGAAGAGGAGGAGGAAGCAGAGGAUGCGGGGCGCGCGCAGCGGCGGGAGAUGCCGGAGCUCUGGCAGGGGGUUCAUGAAGGCUCUCCAGAGGCACGCGAGGUGGCAGCGGGAGUGGGCGCUGCGGACCGGCUCCCAGGGUCCCCCGGCUCCCCCGGUUCUCCGCGGCCGCGGCGCCGGCGAUCUGAACCUAGCUGCGCCAAGCCACGGCGCGCGCGCACCGCCUUCACCUAUGAGCAGCUAGUGGCCCUGGAGAACAAGUUCCGAGCCACGCGCUACCUGUCGGUGUGCGAACGCCUGAACCUGGCGCUGUCGCUCAGCCUCACCGAGACGCAGGUCAAAAUCUGGUUCCAGAACCGCAGAACCAAGUGGAAGAAGCAGAACCCGGGGGCUGACGGCGCAGUGCAAGCAGGAUGUGGUACGCCGCAGCCUGGGACAUCCGGAGCGGCGGCGGGGGCCUGUGGCAAUGGCACCGGGAGCAGUCCUGGUCCACCGGUUCCGGGCGCUCUGCCCUUCCAGACUUUUCCCACCUAUCCCGCGACCAAUGUCCUCUUUCCCUCCUCCUCCUUCCCGCUGACUACAGCCGCCACAGGGAGUCCCUUCACUCCUUUUCUUGGGCCCUCCUACUUGACCCCUUUCUAUGCCCCACACCUAUAAACCCGGUACUCCACCCGGAAUGGGAUUCCCGAGUGAUCAGUAUGAUGGUGUGGACCCCUGCUUUACAGAGGGGCACUGACCGCCCCCUCCUGGUGUGCUGGUGUCUGUGUGCCCCUUCCCUCCAGAUGCUGAUGAGCCACCAGAGGGCGAAG